AUGCGCACCGCUGACCGGGCGCGCAGAGUGGUGGUCACUGGCGUCGGCAUGGUGUCGCCGCUGGCAAACGGCGUCCGCCUGAGCUGGGAGCGGCUCAUCGCAGGCCGCUCGGGCAUCGCGCAAAUCCAGGGAUUCGAUCCCAGCGACCUGCCGGUCAAGAUCGCGGGCGAGAUCCCGUCCGGCGACGAUGCGGGCGCGUUCCGCCCGGCCGACAUCGUGCCGACCAAGGACCUGCGCAAGAUGGACGACUUCAUCGUCUAUGCGCUUUGUGCUGCGGUGGAAGCGGUCGAGGAUUCCGGGUGGACGCCCGAGGACGAAGAGAGCCUGGAGCGGACCGGCGUGAUGAUCGGCUCCGGGAUCGGCGGCCUCAAGACCAUCGAGGCGGCGACCAUCCUCGUCUCCCAGAAGGGCUACAGGCGGCUCAGCCCGUUCUUCAUCCCGUCGAGCCUGAUCAAUCUGGCGUCGGGGCACGUGUCGAUCCGUUACGGAUUUCGCGGGCCCAAUCAUUCGGUGGUGACCGCGUGCUCGACCGGGGCGCAUGCGAUCGGCGAUGCAACGCACUUCAUUCUGCGCGGCGAUGCGGAUGUCAUGGUCGCCGGCGGCGCGGAGGCAGGGGUCUGCCAUCUCGGAGUCGCCGGCUUUCGCCGCGGCCCGCGCGCUCUCCACCAAUUUCAACGAUACGCCGGAGCGCGCAUCCCGCCCGUGGGACGAGGCGCGCGACGGGUUCGUGAUGGGCGAGGGCGCCGGCGUCGUGGUGCUGGAAGAGUACGAGCACGCGAAGGCGCGGGACGCCACGAUCUAUGCCGAGAUCAUCGGCUACGGCAUGAGCGGCGAUGCCCACCACGUGACCGCGCCGGCGCCGGACGGCUCGGGCGGCUACCGCUCCAUGGCGCACGCGCUCAGGACCGCAGAGCUCAACACCGACGAAAUCGACUACAUCAACGCGCACGGGACCUCGACGCCGCUCGGCGACGAAAUCGAGCUGGGCGCCGUCAAGCGCCUCUUCGGCGAAGACGCCGGUCAGCUCUCGAUGUCGUCGACCAAGUCGUCCACCGGGCAUCUGCUCGGCGCGGCGGGCAGCGUGGAGCUGAUCUUCUCCAUCCUCGCCCAUCAACCACGGCGUGGUCCCGCCGACGCUCAAUCUCGAUAAUCCCUCGCCGGGCUGCGAUCUCAAUCUCGUCCCGCACGAGGCUCAGGAGCGCAAGGUCGAGCGCGCGCUGUCCAACUCCUUCGGAUUCGGCGGCACCAACGCCUCGGUCAUCGUGUAGGCCCUCCUAG